GGAAUAAUCUCUGUCCGAAGAAGAUCUCUCAUUCCCCCUAAAGCAGACAGAUUCGAUUGGAGCGUAAAUCCGAAACUUUUCCCCAAAAUUCGUGGAGUUUUUGUGUUAGGGUUUGGAUUAUUCUCAAAUUGAAUCGAUCAGAUCGGCUUAUAAAGAUGAAGAUAGCGGCCAAUGGCCGGUUUUUCACAAUCGGACUCGUCGCGUCAUGCUACGUCGCCAUUGCUUGGAUGAAGAUGGUUCCGAUGCAAACGAUCCGAUCUCGAGUUCAGUUUCUUAAGAUCGCUGCGUUAAGUCUCGUUUUCUGUGUGUCGGUGGUUUUUGGGAAUAUUUCGCUUCGGUUUCUUCCUGUAUCGUUUAAUCAAGCGAUCGGUGCUACGACGCCGUUUUUCACCGCUGUGUUUGCUUAUCUGAUAACGUUCAAGAGAGAAGCUUGGUUGACUUACUUCACUCUCGUCCCUGUUGUUACCGGUGUUGUCAUUGCCAGUGGGGGUGAACCAAGUUUCCACCUGUUUGGAUUCCUUAUGUGCAUUGCAGCCACAGCUGCAAGAGCACUUAAAUCAGUUCUUCAAGGAAUUUUGCUAUCUUCAGAAGGGGAGAAGCUAAAUUCCAUGAACCUCCUCCUUUACAUGGCUCCCAUAGCUGUUGUGUUCCUCCUUCCUGCUACCCUUAUCAUGGAAAAAAAUGUUGUUGGCAUUACAAUUGCACUUGCCAGAGACGAUUUUAGAAUCGUUUGGUAUCUGCUAUUCAAUUCGGCGCUAGCUUAUUUCGUGAACUUGACCAAUUUCCUAGUCACGAAACACACCAGCGCUCUGACUCUCCAGGUGCUAGGAAACGCCAAAGGUGCAGUAGCAGUGGUGGUAUCCAUCCUGAUAUUCAGGAAUCCUGUCUCAGUGACUGGAAUGUUAGGUUACUCGCUCACUGUCUGUGGAGUUAUCCUCUACAGCGAAGCCAAGAAACGAAGCAAAUGAAAGAAGCAUUCAUUAUAUUUGUUCAGUCCCUCAGGUAAACAAACACAGGCAAGUUUCCUCCACUGUGAACUAAAAAACUUUACACAGC